GUUUGGGACAGGUGUAUGACAAGCCACACCAUCCCAAAUUCCCUCUUCUACAACUGGGAGGAGUCCAAGGACAAGAUGGUUCCUAGAACUGGACACAUGAUGAUGGCCUUUGUUGAUACCACGCAGCAGAGAUGCCAGAUCCAGCCACAGAUCUUGAGCUUCUUCAACACGGGUCCUUUGCUGCAGACGCCCAGCACUGAGGACUUGGAUGUGGCUUGCUCCAUGGUGCAGGUGCAGCCCAAAGUUCUGAGUGGCUUGGAGACAGCCCUUGUCGAGAGCCGCCUCCCAGGAGCCUUUGAUGAGAGCACCACAGCACAGACCCAAACGCUGCGGGAUUUUGAAAAGCACCUCAAUGACUUGAAGAAGGAGAACUUCAGCCUCAAGCUGCGCAUCUACUUCUUGGAGGAGCGCAUGCAGCAGAAGUAUGAGGCCAGCGGGGAGGACGUCCACAGACGGAACAUCGAGCUGAAGGUGGAAGUGGAAAGCCUGAAGCAAGAGCUCCAGGAGAAGCAACAAAGCUUGGACCAAGCCCGGGCAGCAGCUGGGAACCUGGGUAGUCAGAAUGAGGCUAAGAUCUCUCACCAGCAACAGAAUGAACAUGCCUAUGAGAUCCUGGAGAAGAAAAUCCACCUUCUGCAGGAGGAAGCCCAGUCGGCAAAGACCAAAGCAGAGAGGAUGACAACUAUGGCAGAGGUUGAAAAGGAUCGCUGUCUGAAACUCACCAAGGAGCUGAUGAAGUUCAGCAAGCUGCAGGAUGAGACCAGGAAAAGCCAGGCUGUUUUGGAAACCUACAGUGCUAUGUUGGCUGAGAAAAAUAAGACGAUUGAGGAGCUGGCUUGGAAUCUGAGGGACAAGGAGCAGCUCCUUGAGCAGCUCUCCACAGAGAAGCAGAACCUGUUGCAACGUUUGCAGGAGCAUGAGGAAAUGAAAGUGCAGUAUUUGUUUGAAGACCAGCAGCAACUGACUCCAAACAACUUAUCACAAGGCAAACAAGCAUCUGAACUAAAUAAUGUAGAACUGCUGGAAAAAAUCAGCUGCCUUGAUGCUACUAACAAGCAGCUGCAAGAGAAACUGAAUGAGAUGGAUUUUGAACUGAAGUCUGUUCAACAUACAUCCCAGAGACAGGAUCACAAAAUCCAGACCUUGAAUGAGACCUUGAAGAGCAAAGAGAAAGAGUCUGAAGAACUGUACCAUGUAAUUGAAGGGCAGAAUGAGACAAUAGCCAAACUACAAGACACACUACAUAAAACCCAACUUGGGCAAUUGCAGAUCCCAGGGGGCUCUUCUGUGUUGCAGCAGACACAGCCGGUAGCACUCCUGGAGGUACAGAACACCCUUUUCUUCACUCAGCUGGAAGUGCAGCAACUGAAGACGGCUCAUCAGAAAAAGGAUCUCCAGUUGGCUGAGGCCAGGAAGACCUCCUGCCUUGUAGAAACAUGGCUGCAAGAGGAGCAGCAGCAGAAAGAGGCCGCAUGGAAACACAACCAGGAGCUGCGUUGUGCUCUUCAACAAGUAAGAACAGAGCUGCAGAACAAAAACUGGCAAUGUUGUACUUUGGAAAGAGAAAGAUGGUCAGAGAUGCAGAAACAAGAGCUGAAACUGAAGCAUUUGAAGCACAGGCUGGCUUGCAGAGAACAGCUUCUACAGGAAUCUAAGGAACUUAUUCAGUAUCACCAGAGCUUGGACAAGAGCCCCACAUCAGCUGAUAAUAUGGUGAAGAAAUUGCAACAACGAAUCAAAGACAGGGAUGCCAUCCUGGAGCGAGCGAUCGAUGAGAAAUUCUGUGUGCUUGAAGACAAGGAGCAGGAGCUGCAGCAGCUUCGCUUGGCUGUGAAAGAGCGAGAGCAUGACUUGGAAGAGCUGCGCAGGGUCCUCUCCCAUAAUGAGGCUACCAUUCAGGGAAUGGAGAGCUUGCUGAAAGCAAAGGGCCUGGAACUUGAGCAGCUCUUGACAAGCUACCAGAAUUUGCGCUGGCUGAAAGAGGAAGUUGAAGCAAAAUCUCUCAAGUGGCAGGCAGAGCAAGAGGGAACAAUCCGGCAGCUGCAGGCGGCGUUGCAGGACAGGAAUAAGAAAGUGGAAGCACUGUCAGCAAAACUGCUAUGCAAGCUUGGGCCUGGGCAGAGGGAGCUUGUGGAAGAGCUGUAUCUCUGCCUUCAGCAGAAAGAGCAGAUCAUAGAGGAACUCCUCAGUGACAAGAGCCGGCAGACUGUGGAGCAAAUGGCUGAGCUUCAGGAGUUGCUUCAAGCUGUCCACACCAGAGAGCAGCAGAGUUGUAUAUCUUCUGAGAAAAUGGCACGGGCUUUAAUAGAAAGAAGUUGUGAGCUGCAAGAUUUACGUCAGCAACUGCAGGGCCAGCUUUCACAAGAGAAGAUGGAAGCUUCCACUGCCCAUCUCCUACAGAAGGAUGACUCGGAAGCACUGAGGCAAGAAAGCUCAAGCAAGAGCCCCACUACCAUGACAUCUAAGAACGGAGAUGGCCAUUUCAACGUGAAGAAAGGAGCUUGGGAGGCAACUGCUGGACUUGAGGAAGAGCUUACUGGUGCCAAAGAACAGCUUGAGCUUUUGACACAAAAGGAGAAGGAAAGCAGAUUGGAACUUGCUGCUCUUCAGUCUGUCCUGGUCUCCCAAGAAGAGGAGCUACAGGUUCAAGCUUCUGAUGUUGAAUCUCUGACGAGAAGCAUCCAGAUAAAAGAAGAACUCAUAAAGGACUUGCAGAUGCAGCUGGUUGACCCUGAAGAAAUGCCAGUAGUUGAGCGACUUUCCCAGGAAGUGUUGGUGCUUCAGGAAAAGGUAGCCAAGAUGGAACAGCAAGGACAGGAAGUUGCUGAAAACAGAAGACUGCAGCUGCUGCAGGUGUUGGAGGGGCUGGCAGCAGAGAAGAACCAGCUGAAUGAAACCCUGAAAGCCGAAAAGCAGCUCUACAGCACUUGGGUGAAGUUUCAAGCGCAUCCUGACAGCCUUGCCAGCUCUCAGCAUGAACAGACACUGCAGGUGGAGCUGGACCGGGUCCAGGCCAUCCGUGGGCAACUGGAAGAGGCUCUUGGAAGAAGUCUGGCUCACCUGAGCAGGCUGGAAUCGCUGGAUGGCAUUGGAGGUCCAGUGGCAGAGGAGGAUGCUGAGGAUGCCAGCACAGAGUUCACAGACAGUAUUGAAGAAGAGGCACAGAGAACCACUUGCCAACAGCACGCCAAGGAAGGAGCUGAUGGCACCUUCGUGGGCCAAAGCAGUUUCCCCGCUCCCUCUCUGGAGAGAGAAAAGAGCCUGCAGGCCGAACUGCUUUCUGCAAAAUCUGAGACUCAGAAGCUUCGAGAGCAGAAGAAGAAGCUGGAAGGGGAGUUGCAGCAUCUCAAGGGGCAGAUUGAAGAAGCUGGGUUCUCCUCAAUAUCUCAGCUCAGGAAGGCCCUGCUGAGUCUGUGUCUCGAAAAUGCAGAGCUCAAGGAGCAAGUUGGAGAAGCAAUGUUAUCCGAGGGUUGGGAGAAUGAGGAUGAAAAGGAAGAGCAAGAGGACCUGAAGUUGGAAGUCAGGAAGCUGCAGGAGAAGCUGCACUCUUCGGAGAUGGUGAUUAGCCUCCUGAAAGAACAGCUGACUCUGAGCAGCCAAGCAGGUGGAAGCAUCUUCCAGCAGCAGGUCGCUGCUGGUGUGACCCAGGAGUCCGAGCAGCUGCAAGUGGCCUCGCAAGGCAGCCUCAAGGGGGCUCCCCAUGACAGUGCCCCACAGCAGCACUGCCCAUGUCCCCAGAGUGUGGACACCAGCCUAAAAGAGACUCAGGUGUGUGAAGUCAGACUGGGAAGCAACUCCUGGCAGCAGCUCAGGCAGCCAGUCCAUCUUCUCCCCUCAGAGCUGCCUCAGUGCAAAAAACAAUGUCACAGGCUGCGGGGCAAACUCCUGGUUUCAGAGGCCACUGUCCUGGCUCAGGUGGCACAGCUGGAGCAGUACCGGGCCCUGCUCAGUGAACCCACGGUGCAGCAGGACACCAAGCAGAUACAAGUGGAUCUCCAGGAUCUGGGCUAUGAGACCUGCGGGAAAAGCGAAAACGAGGCUGACCGAGAAGAGGCAACCAGUCCUGAAUGUGAAGAACAUGAAUGUGAACUCCAUGAGGAGUUGAAGCCUGGGAAGAACAUGCUGGGCUCCCCUCCCAGCCCAUGUGACGAUGCUGCCAUUCUCCGCCAGCAAGUGUGGGACCUCCAGCUGCAGCUGCAGAGCUCGCACAGAGUCAUCCAGAACCUGCAGAGUCAUGUGCGCUCCAUAUCUGCCACAAACGACUAUGGCUCUGGGGGCGAGCGCCCACUCCAGCAGAAACCAGGCUAUGCCCUGGGCAGCUCCCCCUCGCACAGCAUGACGGAGGAAGAUGAAGGCUGGUACUCAGACAGCCUGGGCUCCUUCUGCCCCGCCAGCCUCCAGCCCAGCCGAGACCUGGCCAGGCUCAUCCAGAGGGUGUCCCUGCUGGAGGCUCAUCUGGGAGAGAGCAAGCCCAAGUGGCUGCUGGCCGAGGAGCUGAAGCCUGCAGCAUCCAUGGGGAAAUACAAUUCGUUGGUCCAGGCUCAGGCUCGGGAGCUCUCCCAUUUGCGCCAGGUGAUUCGGGAGGGACGAGGGGUGUGUCACCUGCUGAAGCAACACUUCCAGGACACCAUCAAGUCCUUUGAGGAGCUCCUGAGAGGCACCGACUUUGAUUACUUCUUGGGCCAAAGCUUCCGUGAACAGCUGGCACAAGGGAGUCAGUGGGCAGAGCGGCUGGCCAGCAAACUGAACAGAAGGAAUGACCUAAAAAUGGAGGACAAAUCUAGUCAUGAACUGCUUACUCUGAGACUGAACAAGGAGCUCCAGGAGAAGGAGCAAACCAUCCAGAGCCUCCAGGCGAAGCUCCACCUGCGCUCAGUGACCCCUUCCAGCAGCCGCACCAUCUCUGAAUCGCCCCGUUCUGGCAGCAGCACUUCCUUUCUCUCAGACGGCCUGGACGGCUGCUCUGACAUGGAUGAGGGCAGCGAGCUUGUUUUCUGCCAGGAGGACCCUAGUGAAAACCAGCCCCACAGCCUCCAAAACAAAGACUGUUAUUCCAGCAAAUCUUCUGUGCAACCAUCUCCCCCACCUGCUGCAGCCACAUCUCCUGCUGCUCCAGCAGAGCCCAUCCCAAGGAACCUUCUUCUAUCUCCCUCACAAGCCACCCAGCAGCCUUGCAGAGGGUUCCAUCCAGACUCUUUGUCCAAGCCAGCUGGUUUGGUUUCAUUUGCCUCCAGGCCCUGCUCCUUCCUGCCUUUGGGGCCUUCUCCUCCAGCCCCGGCUCCACUCCUUGGCUGCUGCAGGGCGCCAGUUUUCUCCCUGGCUGAGGCACAGCAGGAGCUGCAGAUGCUGCAGAAUCAGCUGGGAGAAAGUGUGCAGCUGCCAGCUCUACCUCCUGUGACGUCAGGGUCACCGGCUGGCUGCCUUUCCACAGGCUUCCCUGCUGUCUCUUCCAAGCCCUGCCUCCAGGCCUGCCCUCAUGUGGACCAGUGGCUUCCCAUGCAAAACUCUACUGAAUGGAACAGGAAAUCUGAGGGGUGGGUGGGGGAGAGCAAACCCCCCUGUUGUAUGCACCUGAACUUCAGAGAGCCAGAGGAGAGAUGUGUCUCUGGAAUCCUGCCAUCAUGUUCUUUAGCAACACUUUCUAGCCAGAAGCUCUCAGCUGGUGGUCUGCUGGAGGAACACCUUUCUGAGAUCCAGAUUCUCCGACAGCGCCUAGAAGAGUCCAUCUCUGCCAAUGAUCACCUGCGGGAGCAACUGGAAAAACGCCUGUCCCUGGUGCCAAAAAGUCAUGAGCUGGAGCAGCUGCAGGAAGCUCUGCUGGCAUCCCACUCAAAACUGCAUGACGGCGAGAUGGAGCUGCACCAGCAGCGAGCUGAGCAGCAGCGGCUACAGGAAGAAAUCCGAGGCAAGCAGCAAGACUUUGUGCACCUCCAGGAGGAGUUUCUGGCUCUGCAGAAGAACAAUUCCAGGCUUCAACAUAGAGUGGCUCUGCUUCAGCAGCAGUGCGAGCAAAACCAGCUGCACUUCCAGACCCUGCAGGCUGAAUUACAGGUCUAUAAGUUGCUGUUGAAGGUGGCCUCAGGGACACAGAAGCAGGAGAAGCCAGUGCUGUUAGACGAUAUGAGCACCCAGGGGUCCCAUGUGAUCAGCCACCUCAAGGACUACAGCACCCUUAAGAAACAGAUUCUGGAAGGCAAAACUCUGAUCCACAAAAUGGCCUCUCUCCUGCAUCCUGGCCAAGAACUACAGCAAUCCAAGAUCUUCUGCCAAGAAAGGAUCAGGCAACUGCUUGCCAACAUGAGCUCUUUGCACCAGAUCCUGGAGAAGUCCACUUCGCUCCUGGCAACGUUCUGGAGAGCAACCCUUCCCAGCCCUCACAUCUCUGCGCAAGAGCCAUCUCAGAAGGGGGAGAUCCAGGAGCUCAGAGCCAGACCAGCUGAGCCAGAGAGUCGCCUGCAGACUGCCGGCCGUGGGAAGGAGAGCAUGGAGAGCGUCCUCCUUAGCCACUUGACAAGGACAUACGAUGUGCUGAGGAAAGCAAGGAUGAACCUGGAGGGGAUCUCCCCCCAGCCUCUUCCAUCCUGUGACCAUGUUCUUGCAUGAGCGAAGAAGGAAACCUAGCAGCUCAAGUGCCAGAAGCAGGUGGAAGAAAACGAAAUUCAAUUACAGUUCAUCACCCAAACCCAGGCAUCAGAAAAUGACCCUGCCCCAGACCGGCAGCUCUUCAUGGUCCAGCAAGCCCUGACUUUUAGGAUUUGUCCUGGAACCCAACCACUGCCUGACUUGCCAACUCCAUCUCCUUCAGGGUCAAGCUGCUCCCGACCACUGCCUGUGUGUGCUCUGGAGUGACUGCUGCGAGGGAUCAGGCUGCAAUUUGCCUGGAAAUGAUCCAGCCAAAAGUGCAAUACUAUACUAAAAAUAGACUACUGCUAUAAAUGCUGCUGUCUGGGGAAAAAAGGAGUGCUCUAAAUGUGGCUUCAUCCGAAGCUGCGCUCGUCUGACUCUGUGAGGCUGGCUGGCUGAGGCUCAGCCGCUUCUAGCAUUCUCCUGUGUAUGUUGCUGUAAAUCAGGGUGUAGAAUGUAAGGCAAUGCUUUCCUUGCUCCAGAGAAGUACGGCCUUGAGAUAUAUUAUUUGAAAAUGUAAUUAUGCUGAAUUACUGGGAAAAGGGGAGAGAGAGCAAGGCUCCCUUGGCCCCGGCAACAUUUGACUCUUCAGCUACUAAUUUUCAUCUUCUGAAGUUACUUCUGAACUCAAAGCCAGCCCCAUCAGCCCCUAGGCUGUUUCCUGAUGUGUAUCUCAAGUCACCUUCUGCAAGACUUCUUGUGACUGUUGCUUACCUGGAACAGGUAACACCAGUUUACAUAUAAUGCACACAACAACUAAUUGUGAAAGGAUUAAAGAGUCCUUACUAUAGUCUGUAUGCUGUUAAGAAGGGCUCUAAGGGAUGGGGAGAAAUGAAAGUUGGCUUUGCUUAAAUUUAUUGAAAAACAUGAACCAUGUUUUCUUUGUAUUAUUUGAAUUCCCAAUAAAACUUUUUUUAAAAGUGAA